AUGGGUUGGGAUGAAAAUUAUCUGUUAGUAAAUUAUCGGACCGCACACAAGCAAUUGGAAGAGUUGCUUGCGAAUGCUCCGAUAUUGCAAAAAGUUGCAACGUUACCCGAAUCGUUGGAGGUGAUUGAAAACGAAAACAACUACAAAGAGGAGGAUGAGGAUGAUCAGGAAACGAAGAAACAAAGAAAUCUGUAUCAAUUAUUAGAUACAGCUGCUGAUUUUGUUGAUGAACAGUUAUCCAAAUUUGGCCAUUUUCACAUUACUAGCUUUAGUAAUCAUUCGCAUAGAUUCGAAGAGAAAUUCGCUCGAUAUUUGGGAAUGGAAAACAAAGAACAUGUAUAUCCUCCUUUGAAUACGUCUCUUCAUAAGCUCUCUAAUUUAUGGGAAAAGUAUUAUGAUGGUGAUUACAUGUUUUUUGGAAUACAUUAUUACUACCGUCGUCGUGUGAAUAUUGCCGAGUUGAGUCAAUUAUGUAAUCACUCAACUGAAAUACCAACUUCCUUGCUCGAUCAUUGCUUUAAUAUAUUCAUGAAUAAGCCCAAAUUGUUAGAACCAAAACAAAAGAAGGUGAAAUAUUUUACCUUGUAUGCCAAUGAGACAAGAGAAGAAAAAUGGAAAAGAAAAUAUUCAAACACCAUUUACCUAUUUAAUGAAAUACUAGAAAAGUACAAUUCAAAGAACGUAAUUGCAUCUUUAUUUGAGAAACCGCCAUUGUCCAAUGAACCUUCAAUAACUACAGUGAAUAAUAGAGAAUUCUUGAUUGAUGACUAUUGGAUUACCAUUAUGGAAUUUAUUGAAGAUCCUUUCACCUUAUUAAGAUUAGCUCGAACAUGCAAACAAUUUUUUAAUUUGUACAGUGAACGAGAGGUGGAUUUGUGGAUUGGUUUGAAAAAAGAUAUUGGAUUGGCAAUGUCAGCAUGGGUUUAA